CCUGUAUUUGAAUGGACCAAUGAGCAGUCAGUUCUGUGUUGAAGCUCUGUCCCAGGCAGGAGCGCUGGCCACCAGACAAAGGCAGUCACGGGAACCGAGGAGUUGGUCCAGGUACUUGAAGAAAUAGCAGAACGCAGUCACACCUCCCUUUAUUGGAAUUGUGUGCUGGGAGGCAUACAUUUUGUGCCACGCUAUUAUUUAUAAAUCGCUAGCCUGGAGCCCUCCGGCAAAAUGCCAGCACCGGCUGUUGCCCGUGAUAGCAGCCCUGGCCCCAGUCGCAUGAAGAGCUUCAAAAAUGCAGGCAAAGAUAUGGAUGAGAUGCGCAGACGGCGACAAGAAACUAGUAUAGAAUUGCGAAAAGCUAAAAAAGAUGACCAGCUUUUGAAAAGAAGAAAUGUCUCUUUGGAUGAUCCAACAUCACCUCUUCAGGAGAACUCUUCGGGUCCCACGAUGAGCCUCGAAGAAAUCAUCAAUGGUAUUAUUAGUACAGAUAGCAGUAGGCAAGUAGUUGCUACACAAGCAGCAAGGAAGAUGUUGUCUCGGGAGCGUAAUCCUCCUAUUGAUGCUAUUAUAGAGGCUGGUAUGGUAAAUCCUCUCAUACAAUUCUUGGAGAGAGCAGACAACCCAGCUUUGCAGUUUGAAGCAGCCUGGGCACUGACCAACAUUGCAUCUGGCACCGCACAACAAACUCAGGCUGUUGCAGCUUCUGGAGCAGUAACAUCUUUUGUGAAACUCCUACGAUCACCACAUGCCAAUGUUGCUGAGCAAGCUGUAUGGGCAUUGGGUAAUAUUGCUGGAGAUGGGCCUGAGCUUAGAGAUUUUGUUGUCAAGGCUGGCAUUGUUAAGCCUCUCCUUGAACUCAUUAAACCAGAAACCGAGCACACAUUUCUGCGUAAUGUAACCUGGACGCUAAGUAAUCUGUGCAGAAACAAGAACCCAUCACCACCUUUUGAAGUAGUCAAGCAAUGUUUACCAGCCUUGAGUCAUCUGAUCUGCCACCCAGACAAAGAAGUCCAGGCUGAUGCGUGUUGGGCAUUGUCUUAUUUAACGGAUGGAACUAACGAGAAAAUCCAGGAGGUUGUUGAUGCUGGAGUCGUUCCUCGACUUGUGUUGUUACUGAACUGUGAUGAGCUUCCCGUUGUAACCCCAGCUUUAAGAGCAAUUGGAAAUAUUGUUACUGGCAAUGACAUUCAAACUGAUGUUGUCAUAAAGGCUGGAACUUUACCAGUAUUUCCCAAGUUGUUGAGGCAUCACCGCAACAAUAUUGUAAAAGAAGCUGCGUGGACAAUCUCAAAUAUUACUGCUGGCAAUGUGGAUCAGAUACAGGCGGUUAUUGACUGUGGCCUUAUUUCCCCUAUAUGUCAAGUUUUGGAAAAGGGAGACUUCAAGGCACAGAAAGAAGCUGCUUGGGCUGUAACAAACUUUACAUCGGGAGGGUCCCUAGAGCAGAUCAUAGAACUGGUUAGCCAAGGUGUCCUCACACCAUUCUGCAACCUGCUCAAUGCCAAAGAUGCCAAAACAGUCAUGGUAGUUUUGGAUGGAAUCUGCAACAUUCUUCAGACUGCGGAAAAACUAAAUGAAGUAGACCGUGUGGGCCAAAUGAUAGAAGAGUGUGGUGGUCUUGAUCAUAUUGAAGGACUUCAGAACCAUGAAAAUGAAGCCAUAUACAAAAAGGCUUUAAGUAUCAUUGAAACAUACUUUGCUGUUGAGGAGACUAAUGGUGUCAGCAGCACAUCAAAUGGACAAGCAUAUGAUUUUACAUCAGCUAGUAACAUGCCUGAUGGUGGAUUCACUUUCUAAGUCAGUUUUUCUUUGAUUAUGUACAAGGUAAAUGCAUUUAUUGCCUUACUAUUGACCAUCCAAGUUGCAGUUCAAACAGGUCCAAAAUGUGAUUGUUCUAGUGUACAUUGAUCAAAUCUCAUUAUUUUUUAGAUAAAUCCCCAGUAUCCAGUUCUCCAUUGAACAAUUGCUCCAUGUUUGAUUCCUUCUGUAAUCAAGGACAUGCAUUUUUUUUUCUAAUUUGCUUUGCCGAGUGAAAUUGCUUGGUAAUGCUUAGGGUUACUAAGUUUACAUAUUUCUUAACACAUGUGUGAAGUUCUAGGUUUUUAUAAACUAAAUUACAAUUUUAAAUAGAAAAACUAAGUAAUUUUGUGAAAAUGCUUGGAAUUCUAGUUCUCACAAAUUUGUGCUGAAGUAUAUUAGCUUUUCCUUGACAUUGUCAAUUGCAAAGUCUUUGGGACCAAACAAGAUUAGCAUGGAUGUACUGCCCUUAAUCAUCCAGUGCUGUGGACUCUUCUUUUUCCUGUCAAACAUAUUAUUUUCAUAUCUAUAUCUUUAAUAAAUCUUUUGAAAAAAAAAAA